CAUCAACACAAACAUUAUCUAGAAAUAUCAGUUCUGGAAUUCUGUAUCCUAUCUCGUUAGUAAAACAAUUAAAGAAAAACCAAGCUUAAUUCUUUCUGUCGGGUUCUCUCAUUAUCAGAUAAAAAAUAGAGGGUUUUUCUGCAAUGGGGAAUUGUUACUUUAAACAAAUGUCAAUUGCAUUGUUUUUCUUGCUUGCCGUUCCUGCCACUGUGGUUCUAGGCCAGGGAACAUGGGUUGGAUUCUAUUCAAGGUCUUGUCCCAGGGCCGAAUCCAUCGUGCAAUCUGCAGUGAGAUCCGGGUUUAAUUCGAAUCCCACAGUUGCACCUGGAUUGCUCAGAAUGCACUUUCAUGACUGUUUCGUACAAGGUUGUGAUGGCUCUAUCCUUACUAAUGGUGACGACGCAGAGAAAAUGGCUGGACCAAAUCGUUUGCUGAGAGGAUAUGAAGUUAUUGAUGACGCUAAGACUCAACUUGAGUCUGCAUGCCCUGGUGUUGUUUCUUGUGCUGACAUUCUUGCUCUUGCAGCUCGCGAUGCAGUUGUAUUGUCUGGUGGACCAGGAUGGCCAGUGCCUACCGGCAGGAGAGAUGGGAGGGUUUCAUUAGCGUCCGAUGCUUCGAAUCUUCCGGGCUUUACGGAUUCCAUUGAUGUUCAAAAACAGAAGUUUGCAGCAAAAGGUCUCAAUACUCAAGAUCUUGUCACCCUUGUCGGGGGACACACCAUUGGCACCUCAGCUUGCCAGUUCUUCAGAUACAGAUUAUACAACUUCAAUUCAACUACCGGCGCUGACCCUUCCAUUGACACCGCAUUUCUUCCUCAACUUCGGUCCCUUUGUCCGGAAGACGGCGACUCUUCCAAGAGGGUAGGGCUCGAUGACAGAAGUGAAAACCGGUUCGAUAACUCGUUUUUCGCCAACCUGAGGAAUGGCCGGGGAAUUCUUGAAUCAGACCAGAAGUUAUGGACUGAUGACUCAACAAAAACAUUUGUGCAACGUUUCUUGGGAAUUAGAGGACUGCUUGGAUUGACAUUUAGUGCUGAAUUUGGGAAGUCCAUGGUUAAAAUGAGUAAUAUUGAGGUUAAGACAGGGACGAAUGGUGAAAUUCGAAAAGUAUGUUCUGCCAUUAAUUGAUGGGAAUUCAGGUCUAUUUUAUUAGGUUAUGGACUUUGUGUAAGUGUGUUCAUAUCAGCGUAAGCUGGUAUCUUAUCUAUUGUUUGUAUUCUUCGAAAUAAAUUGAAAAUAAUAAACCAGUAAUUUCCAUGUUUUGCUCCACUCA